ACCACACCAAUGAUAAUUAAUGGCAGAUUUGACUGACUACAAGACUGUUACAAUAAUGGCAACAUUACAAAACGUCACUGUCACUGUCAUAUAUACAAACUGACAGCUGCUCCGUGCAAGCAGUUUCAAAGGAGAACGCACAACAAAAUUAAUUCAAAUCGCCCCACCACGACCGCUUUCACCAUGGGCACAGCUAUGUUCGCGAGGGUGACGUUCUAUCCAACCUUAUUGUAUAAUGUGGUAAUGGAGAGGAUGACCAGCCGGCGCUGGUAUGACCGGAUGGAUGACACAGUUAUCCUUGGCGCCCUGCCUUUCCAAGGGAUGACGAAACAGCUGAAGGAGGAGGAAAACUUAAAGGCAGUAGUGUCAAUGAAUGAGACAUAUGAAUUAAAGAUAUUUUCAAAUGAUGCUGAGAAAUGGCGCGAGCACGGCGUAGAGUUCCUACAGCUAGCGACCACGGACAUAUUCGAGACCCCGGACCAGGACAAGCUUUAUGAAGGAGUUAGGUUCAUUAACAGAUUUCUGCCACUCGACAGUAAAAUAAAACGGAUAACGAGUGAGAACCCAGUGAACAGCGGCACUGUGUACGUGCACUGCAAGGCCGGGCGGACCCGCAGCGCGACGCUCGUCGGCUGCUACCUUAUGAUGAAAAAUGGCUGGUCCCCGGCGGAGGCAGUGGAGCACAUGCGUACUCGACGGCCACACAUAUUGCUGCACACCAAGCAGUGGGAGGCGCUGCGGAUAUUCCACAGGAAUCAUGUGCAGGCGUAGUUAGCUACAUAGACUAGAAAUAUAUUAAUGCAGGGGUCUCUAAACUCGCAAACUGAGCAAAAUUCCAUAUACCUAAUAUGAAAAGGAUGAAAAAGGUUGGACAUCCCUGUUCUUCACGCUCGGAGUCGAAGACGUUUUUUAGCCUAAGCCUAGUCGUCAGAUUACCAAAACUCACUAAAUGAAAAAAAAAAACAAGAAUCGUUUUUUAAUUAAUGUGGUUCGGUAUGGCUCUGAACUUGUAGAAGUUUAUAAUAAAGGUUUGGUUGUCACCUGACGAUAUGUAGAUAGAUAGGUUAUCUGAACAAGUAUGGGUUAAAUCCUGUUGUAAAAAAUGACAAAAAUCACAACUCACAAGGGUAAUUGUCGAUAUCCUUAAUAAGCAUCUAGCAAUUUCUUCAGACUACGUAAGCGAUGGCUUGGUUAGAUAGGAAAUGUUUUUAAUUCAUUUAACGAAGAUGCAUCUGACAACCAUACCACACUCAUCUAUGGCACGAUAAGAUGCUUGUUUUGUGUGUUUUUAGAUAAAAUGUUUAUCGCACCGUAGAGGCUACCGUAGGUACAGAAAUGAAAAAUAGCUUUUUUUUACUUAUGUGUACCUAUAACUACACAUAUGACAUAUGACUGUGUUAAGCGAGACAUGUAUUUGAAAUCACCAUGCCUGGGAAACCUUAGCUGAAAACCGUGAUGGAUGGCGUGUGUUGUGGGGGGGGGGGGGGGGGGGAGGAAGAAGGCUAUGCGACCAAGUGGUGGGAGGUCGUGCCGCUCACAUAUCGUCCUGCAUAGUCACCAAACCCGUUGUCUAAACAGAAAUGCUUAAAUCGUUUGCAAUAGACGCAAAGGCCUGUGUGUGAUGGUACCUGUAACACCGUUCAUUUGUUCAAUUCGCUCCAUUCGUUCAAUUGGGUGAUCUACAUCUUACGAUGAUUUAUAUGACCGAAGUCUCUAUAUGAAAUAUAAAAAUUGAUGGGUUAAUUUUCAAGUCU